AUGUCCUGGAAAGCGUCGGAACGUCUGAUGGACACAAUCAGGCACUAUGCCAGAUUCCCUGCCACCGGAGUCAGUCUACGCCAGAUGGUCCAGUUUGGCGAGAAGCCCUCUGUCGGAACACUCUUUCGCGCCUCACAAUUUCUCGCCGAGGAACUCCCCAUACGCUUAGCGCAUCGUGUACAGGAGCUCGACGAACUGCCUGAUGGUCUCAACGAGAUGCCCUCGGUCAACCGGGUCAAGGAGUGGUACGCCCAGUCAUUCGAGCACCGGGCGGUAGCGGCAAGACGGUACUUUGCCAUGGUGGACGACACGGCGGACUGGCCGCCGGAGCUGCACCUGUACAAUCAGCGGUUCGCGCAGACGCUGCACAAGAUCAAGCGUCGGCACGAUGGCGUGGUGACGACCAUGGCGCAGGGCAUCCUCGAGUACAAGCGGCUCCGGCAGCGCAUGCAGAUCGACGACUCGAUCCAGUCCUUCCUGGACCGGUUCUACAUGUCGCGCAUCGGCAUCCGCAUGCUCAUCGGCCAGCACAUCGCGCUGACGGACCAGAGCCACCACCGCGACCCCACCUACGUCGGCGUCAUCUGCACCCGCACCAACGUUCAGGACCUGGCCCAGGAAGCCAUCGAGAACGCCCGGUUCGUCUGCGAGGACCACUACGGCCUCUUCGAGGCGCCCCGCAUCCAGCUCGUCUGCAACCCCGACCUCAACUUCAUGUACGUCCCCGGUCACCUGUCGCACAUGCUCUUCGAGACGCUCAAGAACUCGCUCCGCGCCGUCGUCGAGCGUCACGGCAUGGACAGGGACGAGUUCCCCGUCACAAAGGUCAUCGUCGCAGAGGGGAAGGAGGACAUCACCAUCAAGAUCUCUGACGAGGGCGGCGGCAUCCCCCGCUCCUCCAUCCCCCUGGUCUGGACCUACAUGUACACCACCGUCGACGCCACACCCAAUCUCGACCCGGACUUUGACAAGAACGACUUCAAGGCUCCCAUGGCUGGCUUCGGCUACGGUCUGCCCAUCUCGAGACUGUAUGCUCGUUACUUUGGUGGGGAUCUUAAGUUGAUUUCUAUGGAGGGCUACGGAACAGACGUCUACCUACACCUCAACCGACUAUCGUCAUCAUCCGAACCUCUCCAAUAG